AUGGAGGGACUGCCGGCGGAGAUGGUGGUGGAAGUGCUGGGCUGGGUGCAUGCCCGCGACCUUGCCGGUUCCGUGCCGCUGGUGUGCCAGCAGUGGAGGCAGCUUUGCCGCCAGUCGAGCUUGUGGCGCCUCGCCUUCCUCCGCACCUGGCCCCCUCCCCUCUUCCACCUGCGGCCCUGUGUUAGCGCUCGCCCGCCUGCACCGGCGCCCACCACUUCAUCUUCGGCCACAGCGAGGCCAACGGCGGGCAAGACGAUCAGGAACAACGACAACAUCGCCUGGAAGUCGCUGUGUGUGGUGGAGGCCCUGCGCUCAGCGCUGAACGUCGCAGAGCACCGGCUCUUUGUUGAAGACUCCGAUGGUGAAGAAGAAGAAGACCAAGAAAAGGAGAAGAGGAACACUUCUGAACCGUCACCCGAGGCAGAGGACGACGAACAAGCUUUCACGAAGAAGCUAUUCGACAAAAGAACGGACGGUGAAGAGGAAGACGAAGACGAAGAAGAGCACUGGGAGAAGAGAACAACGCCGGCGGUGACCAAGAAGAGAGCAGCUCCAGAACUGGACCGCAACAAGCCAAACCAAAAGAAAGCGAAAGUGGUGAUGGGCGAGGAAAGUGUGGCGGUGGCGGACACAAAGAAGAAGACGAACGACUCUGGCGACACCGCGCGCCCACGAGCUUUCGCGAGGCUCCUCGACCAGGAGCGGAUCGCUGCGGUGCGGAACGCGGCAGAGCGCGUGGAGGAGAUUUUGAAACCGCUAGACCAUGUGUCAUACAUGCGGCAAGAGACCCGAUUCUUUCUCGAGACUUUGGCCGAGACGUGCAGACGGCAAGCGAGCGUUGGCAAGGGUGCGGAGGCCCGGGAGAAUGCCCAUCACUUGUUCUCGCUUCUUUGCGACCACGCGCUCUACUCCCACAUCAACGUUGACGUCGGGAGUGACACGGAAGAGUGUUUCCACCAAGUGUCGGUGUUGAUCUAUAGUCUCACCACAGGCCUGCCUCUUCACAUUAACUUCACCCACGAGGUCGAUGGGUCUGGGUUUCUAUCAUGCGGCCUAAAAUGGGAAAGGAUUGAAGGUGACGACUUUCGUGGCGAGAACUGGUUUUCCUAUCAGGACCCCGGGCUACUCAAUGCGCUGGUGACGUACCUCUUCGGCGAGGCCAACGUGGGCCUGAUCAGCCACCGCGACUUGCAGGCCUUCCUGCAGGCUGUCUUGGUCGCCCACCCCACAGUCACCACCUUCUUCAGGCUCUGGUGA